CACAGCUAACUGAGGAACAGCUCGGCUUGUGGUAACAAGCUCACUGUUUGAUUGCAUCACAUCCGAGGGAGAGAACGAGAGGGUGGUGUUUUUUUUUUUUUUUUGUAGCUAGGUGAAUCAGGUCUGAAAGAGGAAGCAGGAUGUCAUGAAGGCGUGUUAGACACCAGUCACUAUGCAAUGAGUCUGUGUCUCUGUCUAUCCAUAGUGUGGGCCAGUGCUUUCACCGAGGACUCUGGGAAAUGAAUCUGAUACUAUUCCUGCUUUUGGCAUUGACAGCUUGCCGGACUGGACUUGUUCAGUGUGAAGACGACAAAGAUGAGACGGGGGCAGAUAUUGUCCAAGAAGAUGAAUUUGUAGUAGCAACAACCGAAACUUCAGAAGGUGAAGAAAACCCAGAAAAAUCUGACGUGGAAGGAUCUGGAGAUGGGGAGAACCAGGGCUCCACACCAAACAGUGACCCUGUUAAUAAUGAGGAAAUAGAGACGACUACUAAGUCAGAUACGGACACAGAUGAUCUCAACUCGGUCAUCAUGAUCAUCAUACCUCUGGUUCUCACACUCGUCAUCAUCGCUGUGAUCGUGUGUGUAGUCAUGAUCUACCGCAGGGGGAGAAUACGAGAUGCUGACACAAAAGAAGAUCCUUAUUUGGAUCAUGAAGACCAUGAAAAGGUGCCAAUGCCGAUGUUUGAGGAUGAUAUCCCAUCAGUGAUGGAGCUGGAAAUGGAAGAUCUAGAAAACUGGAUAUCAAAAGAUGGAGGCAAGAAAGUGGACACUGGCCAAAUAUAAUGAAUAGCUUUUCAGUGAGCUACCUGCUUUGGACCUGAUGCUGUUUUCAGCAGCGUCCUCA